CACAAGUUUACUAUGAAAUAAUGCAACACAAAUGUAACACGACAAAAGUCCAUAGGCAGAAAGAUCAAAGAUAUUUUUUUUUUCUUUUGUUGGUUUAGUAUUCCACUUAAACGUUAUCAACCACACAAACGUUAUCAACACAAAUCUAUUGCUUACAGACUUCAAAGUCACAUGUUUAAACCUUUAUAACCUGAACUCAGAGUACUCACAUUCAGACUCAACUGAUUUGAGUUAAGUCUAUAUAAGCCAAUUCAACAUACGUAUUAGUUAGUCAAUUAUCAUUUCAACAACAAUGUUUUUCUCAUUUCAUCUCGUACUGUCUAUAAUUAUUCCAGCCCUCAUUGUAAUAUCAGUCUUUAUUACUUUUAAAUGGUUUUUAUUUACUUCAAACCCUCAAAAAAACCAACCACCAUCUCCAGGAAAGCUUCCAAUUAUUGGAAACCUUCAUCAACUAGGCUUGAACCCACACCGCUCUCUCCAAACCAUAACCAAAAAACACGGUCCACUGGUUCUCAUUCAACUAGGCAGUGUGCCCGUGCUUGUAGUGUCAUCGGCUGAAACAGCCUGCGAAAUCUUGAAAACCCAUGAUCUAGUCUUUGCAAGCAGACCCAAACUAACCAUCCCAGAUACACUUACUUACGGAUCUAAGGACAUCGCAUUUUCACCUUAUGGUGAGUACUGGAGGCAGGUGAGGAGCAUUGCAGUGCUCCAACUUUUAAGUAGUAAACGAGUUCAAUCAUUUCGAGAAGUUAGAGAACAAGAGACCCAAGUAAUGAUCGAUAUAAUUGGUAAAAGAUGUGGAUCGGUGAUUGAUUUAGGGGAGUUGCUAAAUUCGCUUACAAAUAAUGUAAUUUGUAGGGUGGCAUUAGGGCGAACAUAUGAAGGGGUGAAGUUUAAUGACUUGUUGGUAAGGUUUACAUAUCUUCUUGGUUCUUUUUCGGUUGGGAACUAUAUUCGGUGGUUGUCGUGGGUGGAUCGACUGAGUGGUUUAGUGGCAAGAACUAAAAAAGUUGCUCAAGAAUUCGAUGAGUUUCUUGAGGGUGUUCUUGAAGAACAUAUAAAUAAGAAAAGAACGGUGGAUGGUGAUGGAAAUGGAAAUGAGAAAGACCAAGAUUUAGUGGACAUCUUACUAGAUAUUCAAUCCGAAAAAAACACCAACUUUGUCCUUCAUAGAGAUGUCAUUAAAGCUGCCAUCAUGGACUUAUUUGCUGCUGGAACCGAUACUACAUCGACAGCCAUCGAGUGGGCAAUUAGUGAACUAAUUAGACACCCAAGAGUUAUGAAAAAGUUACAGAAAGAGGUGAAAGAAAUAGCUCACGGAAAACCCAUAAUUACCGAAGACGAUUUGGCGAAAAUGAAGUACUUACAAGCUGUCCUCAAAGAGGCAUUGCGAUUGCAUACUCCACUUCCAUUACUCAUUUCCCGAGAAUCAACACAAGAUGUCAAACUAAUGGGGUACGACAUUUCAGCAGGUACACAAGUGAUUGUUAAUGCGUGGGCGAUAGGAAGAGAUCCUACACGAUGGGUGGAACCCGAGAGGUUCCAUCCAGAGAGGUUUUUAAACAAUCCUAUCGACUAUAAAGGGCUUAACUUUGAGUUUAUUCCAUUUGGUGCGGGAAGGAGAGGGUGUCCAGCUAUUCAGUUUGCGAUAGUCGUUAACGAGCUCGCUUUAGCUAACUUGGUGUACAAAUAUGACUUUGCAUUGCCUGAGGAGGUGAAUGGGGAAGAACUUGACAUGACUGAGAUCACUGGCCUUACACUUCAUAGGAAGUCCCCAUUAUUGGUUGUGGCAACUCCUCAUCUAGAUUAGUUCCAAAUUAUUAGGUUCUCAAGCCACGGACAAUCAAUAUCUUGUUUCAAAGUAUAUAGUGAAUGAAUGUGAUUUGAUUACAGUGGUCACACAUUCAGUUAAUAUCUGGCUAUGAUAUUUUAAUUACGUGGUAAUUAUUUUACAUUCCACUCACCACCUCCUUGAUUAA